GCCACGCCCAUUCAAGCUGAGUGGUCCGCGGAAGCGUACAGCGAUCCCAAAACCGUUCCAGAUUAGAUAUAAUGAUUAAACACCCGACUCAACUCAACUACUGGCACAGAACGCGCCCCAUACAACUCAAUUAAGAUGAGCGGCAGCGGCACCAGCGUCCGUGGUGAUUGCAGUGGUGGGUCCAGGGCAAAAACAAAGCAAGUGGGGCGACGUCACAUCAACAACCAUGUCCACAAACUUAUCCCAUCGGAUGCAGCGCGUCGGAUUCGGCGAAUUUUCUUUCUGUCUAAACUAGCGGCAAACAAAUUAUAAAAAUAGAUUACAAAUUCAGCAUCGGCAAAGACUGAGUUGUGGAAGCAUUGGCCAGCCGGAGCUUUUGCCUCCGCGUUGCCCAAGUUGUCGUCACCGAUGAGGCGGGCGGAUGGAUCUAUCCAAUUGGUUCUUCGAGGUUUCGAGCUAUUUUAUUAUUUCCGAGCGCAAGCGUUUAGUCGACUUUUGGCCGAAGCUGCGUGCGGGCGUGAGUCUCUAGAGGCCACUAAUUUAUAUAAUUGCAAGACGAUAUACAUUUCGCAUUUCAAGCUCUUCAAUUCCUAACGAAUUCAAAUAAGAAUCCUUUGUAGCAUCCACGGAAAGUAAAGCCAGAAUGAGUGAAGCCGCCAAUCCAACGCCCUACGACUGCCACUUGGGUGCUGGUAUUUACCACAGCAUAGCAACCAGUUUUGCAGACGAAAAUGUGCUGGUAUCACCACUACUACUGGAAGCCACUCUGUCCCUUCUCUUCCUGGGAUCGGAUGGGGCCACGGCCGAGGAGCUGCAGAAACUGCUGCGGCUGAAGCAACGCUUUCCCAGCAAUGCCAAAAUGGCCAACUUCUAUGCCGCGGAACUGGCCAACAUCACAGCAGAUGCAGAUACCUUCCUGCAGCUGCAGAGCCGAUUGAUGCUGGGAUCUGAAUCUGGUGUUGCCGAGGAUUUCCAGAAGAUAGCCCAAACCUACUUCCAUGCCACUGCUGAGUGUGUUGACCUGGAGCAAACGGAGAAGCUGCGCCGCCACAUUAACGAACAGAUCCUGGCCAGCGUGGGAGGUGGAUGCUGGAAGGAUACCCAGGUGACAGGUGGGGCGGCAGCCAAAACGCUGCUCCUGCUGGCGGCCACUCUGCAGAGCAAGUGGUUCCUGCCCUUCAGUGCCUACAGAACCGGACUCUUUGAGUUCCACAGUGGCAGCCAGGUAAAGUCGGUGCCCAUGCUCUUCGACGACGACAUGUUUGUGAAGUUCGCCGAGCUGCGGGAUCUGGAUGCCCGCGCCAUUGAGCUUCCCUACGAGCACGCCGAGGAGCUGUCCAUGCUGCUCAUCCUGCCCAAUCAGCGCGGUGGCCUUCAGGAACUGGAGAAGCAGCUGCAUGACCUGGAUUUGGGUGCACUGCAGCAGAGAAUGCAGAUGGAGGGCGUGCAGGUGCUGCUGCCCAAAUUCAGUAUCGAUUUCGAGUGCAGUCUGCGGCAGCCGUUGAAACAGCUCGGCUUCGAGGAGAUAUUUGCUGCAUCCGCGAACUUCAAGCACCUGCAUUCAUCCGCGAAUCUGCCCAUUGCCAAUGUUCUCCAAAAGCUGCGUAUCAAUUUGAAUGAGUCUGGAUCCGGACCCGAGUUGCUAAAAAAUGCUACAGAAUAUAAGCCCAUUGUGAUCAGCAACUCCUCCCGCCAGAAAUUCUUCCGAGCUGACCAUCCAUUCUUCUUCGCCAUUCGCAGUGAGAAUGUGACCUAUCUGAUGGGUCAUCUGGUGGAAUUUUAAUAAUCGCGGGGAAACUCCGAGGUACGGAAGGGUUGUGCAAUAUCUUAACUUGUAUACAAAUAAGAAAAUGAAACUAAUAUUUACUAAACAGGAAA